ACAUAGCAUCUCCGCUCGAAAUCUCACCAUGAGGCUUUACAAUUCUCCAUCUCAUCUCUAAGCUCUUCACUGAAAUCUUAGUUUCUUGGGGAGUUUUGUUCUUCGUUAAGCAACAAUGACGGUUCCAGUGGCAGGUCGUGGACCUCAGGUCCAAGGUGUUGCGGGGCUGUUUCUCGCUCUGAGCACUAUUGCUAUUGGCCUCAGAUGUUAUACACGAACAUUCAUUGUCAAGAGCUUUGGACUUGAUGACUGGUCUGCGCUUAUUGCUUGGGUCUUCUUCGUUUUCUUCUGUACCUUUGCUAUCAGCGGUGUACAUUACGGCACUGGUCAACAUGCAGUCGACCUGCCUCCAGCGGACAUUCCUGUCGGUCUCAAGUGGUGGUGGGCAUGUGAACCUGUCUACGUUCUCAGCAAUAUGUGUCUCAAAUUCUCCAUCGGCGUGAUGCUUCUUCGUAUCACCGUUGCCAGAACCCACAAAAUCAUCAUCUGGACAGUCGUUGUCGUCCUCGAAGUCUAUGGCGCAUUCUACUUCUUUCUCUUUGUCUUGCAAUGUCGUCCAUCAGCCUAUUUCUGGACAAGGUACACAGGAGGAAAAGGGACUUGUAUCGACCCAACCAUCACCGUCGAUGCCACCUACGUCUACUCCGCCGUCUCGUGUUGGGCAGACUGGACACUUGCUAUUAUCCCCGUCUUCAUAGUCUGGAAUCUCCAGAUGAACAUCAGAACCAAAGUCGGUCUGUCCUUCAUUUUAGCCAUGGCCGCCGUCGCCUCCGUAGCAACCAUCAUCCGAAUCCCCUACGUCAAAGACCUCGCCAACGCAGCCGACUUCCUCUACGCCACCACCGACGUCGCAAUCUGGUCGACAGCCGAAACCGGCAUCGGCAUAGCCGCCUGCUCCUUCGCCACCAUCCGCCCUCUCUUCCGCAACUUCUUCCUGCGCUCCCGCCUCCUCGGCGGCUCCUCCAGCCGUGGUAACUCCAAGUCCAACCCCUGGCCCUCGUCCGGUCGUCCGGGGUACAUCCGCAGCGAGAGUCGCGGCGGCCAAGAGAGUUUUGGGCUCCGAACAGACAUUGGGAAGAACCAGGGCGUGACGACGGUCAUUGCCAGCGAUGCCGAUGUCGAGAAAGGUGAGGAGAAGUUGCCGAUUCAGGGGAGUUCGAGGAAGCAGAGUUUUGGGCAUAGUCGGGGGAAUGGGUGGAAUAACAGCGAGAGUAAGUUGCAUGAUAGUAGUGAUGAGGAGCAGAAUUGGGGGUUUGGGAUUAGGAAGACUACGGUUCAGACCCAGGUUGCCGAUUGAUUGAGGUUUGAGUCUGG